AUGGGUAAAACUAAAUCUAGAGGGAGAAGAGCUGAAAAGAAGAGUAAAAAAAAUGAACCAGAGUUUAAUGAAGAUGUUUCAAAUUUAGAUUCAGAUGCAACUUUUGCAAACCAUGAAUCAUCAUCAACUUCUGGUAUUCCUAAUACAUUCUUUGGACUUGUGGAUAACAAUGAAUUAGAUUAUUUUAAACAAGCUGAAUCUACAUUAAAUAUUAAUGCAUUUGAAAGCGAAGAAGAAAGACAAGGUUUUAUAAAUUCCGUAUUAGAAGAAGCUCAAGGUAAAGAAUUGAAAUUGGUGACUAAUCAAAUUUGUUCUAAAUUAAUGGAAAGAUUAAUUUUAUUUGCCAAUUAUAAUCAAUUGAAGAAAAUUUUUAAACAAUUCCAAAAUCAUUUUGUUUCUUUAGCAUUUCAUAAAUAUGCAUCGCACGUGUUAGAGACAUUACUUGUUAGAUCAGCAGCUUUAAUCGAAAAGGAAUUAACUCAAACAGACGAAGAACAAUUACAAUUACAAGAAGAAAAAGAAGAAGAAGACAAAGACAGUAUCAAUGAUGUGCCAAUGGAAGACUUAUUUAUAAGUAUGCUUAAUGAAUUUAAGCCUCAUUUGACUACUAUGAUAGAUCAUCUGUAUGCCUCACAUGUUUUGAGACUCUUAAUAUUGAUUCUCGCUGGGAAAGAAUUACCAUCAUCAAUAACUUCAAAUUCAACUUUAAGAUCGAAAAAAUCCAAAAUUGCCAGAAAAAUGAUUGAAAUAAAAGAUAAUGAAGAUUUUGAUCGUGCUUUCCAAACUCCACAAUCAUUCAAAAAUGAAUUACGGGCAUAUUGUCAAACAAUAAUUGCAGGAUUAGACACGAAAUCAGCUAGAGAAUUAAGUAUUCAUAAAAUUGGAUCGCCUGUAUUACAAUUAUUGAUUCAAGUUGAAGGGUUAGUUGAUCGUGAACGUUCCUUUUGGCAUCUUAUAUUUGCUAAAGAUCUGGAAGGUAAAGAUUCGGUAGAAGAAUCAUUUGUUGAAUACUUGUUAUCUGAUUCAGUUGGAUCACAUUUCUUAGAAUCUAUUAUUAAAAAUGAUGGUGCUCGUCCAAAAUAUAUUGAGAGAUUAUAUAAACUAUACAUGAAGGAUAGAGUAUUGAAAUUGGCUAAAAGAUCAACCACUGGAGUGUACAUUAUUCAAGCGUUAUUGUUUAAAUUGAAACCAGUAGAGGUUGAAUAUAUUUUAGAUCAAAUUAUUCCUGAAUUAGCAGAAUUGAUAUCUAUUGCCGAUAAUCAAAACUUAGAUUUGGCCAAUAAAUUAAUUGAUGCAUCGAUUUCUCGUGGCAAUUAUAGACGUGAUGAAAUAAUAAAUCAAUUAUUUAUCAAAUUUGCUCCAAAUUAUGAUAUUGAAAACCCUUCUGACAAUACAUCUACGGAAUUCAUAGAAAAUAUCUUACAAUUGACUGGUUCGACAUUAGGUAACACAAGAGAUGAUUGGCCAACGGCAGAAGAAAGAAAGCGUGCGUUAUUUUUAGAAAAAUUAAUGGAAUACGAUUAUAAGUUUGUUAUAUGCACAUGGUUUAACUUUAUGGCUUUACCAAUUGAAAGAUUUGUUCAAAUGUGUUUCCAUGGGGUGUUUUGUCAUGUUGUUGAAAAAGCAUUGAUUGUUGAACCUGAAGAACCGAAAACUAUUCAAAUUUUAAGGAAAAGAUUACUAAAUAUUUUCCAAAGUCAAAUUGUUGGCCUUGCAUGCAAUUCAUAUGGAUCUCAUAUCGUUGAUACUUUAUGGAAUUUUACUGUAUUGUUACCAAUGUACAAGGAUAGAAUAGCUUCAGAAUUAUUAAGCGAGUCUCAUAAAGUUAAAGAAAGUACUUAUGGUAGAUUAGUCUGGAAAAAUUGGGGAAUGGAAUUGUUUGUUCGUAAAAAAUAUGAUUGGAAAGCUUUGAUCAAACAACAAGAACAAGAAUAUUAUGGAGAAACUGAAGAUUCCACUGAAAAAAGAGCUAAGAAACCAAUAGAAUUGAAAAUGGAAAGAUUAGCUGAAGAGAAAAGACGUCAAGAAGAAAUGGCUGAAAGAGCUCAAAGUGGAUAUACAAAACGUAAAUUGGAAGAAGCUACGGGAACAGGUUCUGAAAAGAAACAAAAACUCAGAGGACGUAGACGUUAA